CAUAUAGGCUUUCGUUCAGUCACACUUUAGUCUACACAUCAUACACAUCCUAUCAAUAGAAAUAAAAUAAAAUAAUAGAGCUAUGUCGAAUCCAAGUGCCAAGAAAACCCGUAGCUCAAGCAAGAACAAACGCAAGGAUCAGAGUCCUGCCAUUGAGAAUGAGAAUGAUUUGGUGGGAGGACUGGUUGACGGAUCCAAUGCACUAGCCGCAGCCGCAGCUGCUCCUGGAAUAAGUGUGGCUCCCGUAGAGACGACGGGACGACGAUUUCUGCCCGGACGCCGCCAAAGUACAGAGAAUUCAUCGAUCGCUACACGCCCAUCGGAGGACACUUUGGCAUUGGCCGCUGCUACAGCUGCCUCCAUACCAGCUGCCCCAUUGACUCCGAUGCCAAUAAAUACUGCGGCUGUUCCCGCUGCUCUGGGACCAAAUCAAACUAAUGUCGAUGCCAAUGGUGGUGGUGGUAGUGGUGCAGCAGCAGGAACUACUGAAGAAAUACCACGCAGUAUAUUUAGACGUUUGUUUAGCUGGAAUUGAAAAACCAUAGCUAUUAUUUGCAAUCACCUCAAAAAAUAUUUAAUAUCUUAAAAAUUACAUAGUACAAAAUUUAUAGCACAUACAAUCACAA